GAAAGUCUGAGUACAACAGUUCCUGUUUGUGGAAAAGUUGUAGAGCUGGUGGAACCACCUCGAUCGCUCGCUGUUACAGACGUAUAUACAUUUGCCUCUCUCUUUCUUGCCUUUUCCUCCUGAAGUUCAUCAUGAAGAAUUUUGCAGUGGUGCUGGGCUUGAUGGUGGCAUCCAUCAUGGGCCUAUUGGGCAUCAUUCACUCAAGGACAAACUUGGUGCAGGAAAUGACCAAGAGCAACCACUUGGAGAAUGUAAAGAUCCAAGUGAGCACUGACUUGCUGAAGGAAUUACAGGGAAAUAUUGCUGAGGCCACUGGUCGGGUGGACGAAACCAAGAAACAAACUGAGGAACUUACAGACAAAGUCAAAAAGACUCAGGAGGCUGCAGAUGGAAAAAAAGCUGAGCUGAACACAUGCAAUAAUGAUCUGAGUCAGAUCAAGACUGAAAUUGGUUCUCUGGAAGCAGAGAGAAGCAAAACUGACACUGAGUUCCAGAAGAAGAAGUCCGAUUUGAAUGAGCAGAUAAACAAACUCAAGAAAGAAUUUGAGAUACAAAGCAAAGUGUGUGACUACAUCCAAAAGACCUCUGUAGAGGGGAUGAAACUAUGUGGUAUUGAACCUGCUGUACCACAAGUAGAGCAAAAUCCUGGAGCUGCUAAAGCAGCCUAAUGAGAGACAAAGGCAGGAGCUACAAAGAUACAGUACAUGUCAAAAGGUUGAAGUUUUAAGGUUAGAGAAGAUAAAUAUGUGAAAACUCAAGGUUUUAUUAUUUAUAUCAAAAGGAAAACAUACACACAUAUACAGGCAGACCUACAGUAUGUACAGACACAAAUGUAAGUUGUAGAUUUCUUUCUCUUUUUUGUUCAUUAUAAAUGUCAUCUGCUUUUCUCGUGCUUUGUUGAAGGAAUGUAAGCUUCAGAUUUUUGAGUUUGGUGAUUUAGAAUUUGCACUGAAUUUUUUUUUCUCAGUUUCACAUUUUGGUUGUUUUUCCAUAUGCAUGCUAGAAUUUCUUAUACUGUGAUAUGUCUUAUGGUUUAUAAACUUUAAUAAAGUUUAUAUGAGUUUGGUUCCACCAUCUCUCAGGCUAUAUGGAA